UUCCCUGAUUAGUAUCAGUUGAAUCCGAUAUUGAAUUGACUUAAACAUUAAGUUUCUAAAACAUAAACUUAAAAUGAACAAGGUUUUGAUUUUAGUGUCAGUGAUAGGAAUGUGCAGUGCACAUUUUCUCCCAAUAAUAAGCGGUGGCUUAAGUAGUAUUAGCGGGGCUAUUGGAGGUGCUGCCGGAGGCGCACAGGGAGGUAUUGGCCAGGCUAUUGGUGGUGCCACUCAAGCUGCCAGUACUAUCGGUGCAGCGGCUGGUAAUCUAGCCAAUGAGGACAUCAAAUUCAAGACCGGAUUGGCUCAGGGUGCCCUAAAUGCGGGCUCAAACAUAUUGGCAGCAAAGAGUGCUUUUGUCGGCAAAUUAGCUAAUGCUGCUGAGGGCGCUGUUAGUGGAGGUUUGGGUGGUGUUACUAAUGCUACCGGUGCUGUCGGUGGAGCCGUUGGUGAUCUGAUUAAUGAUGAGAUCAGAAUUAAAUCCGGAUUGGCUCAGGGUGCUUUGGGAGGUGUCCAAGAUUUGCUAAAAGCAAAGGGAGAUUUUGUUGGACAGGUUGGAGGAGCUGUUGGUGAUGCCGUCAAUAAGGGAGUGUCUGGUAUUGGACAGACAGCCGGUACUAUUGGUGGAGCAGUUGGUAAUCUGAUCAAUGACGACAUCAAAGUCAAGACCGGAUUGGCUCAGGGUGCCCUAAAUGCGGGCUCAAACAUUUUGGCAGCAAAGGGUGCAUUCAUCGGAAAGUUAGCUAACUCUGCUGAGGGAGCUGUUAGUGGAGGUUUAGGUGGUCUUACUAAUGCCACCGGUGGUAUCGCUGGAGCCGUUGGUAAUCUGAUCAACGAUGACAUUAAAUUGAAGGCGGGAUUGGCUCAGGGUAUGUUUGGUUUAGGUGGUCUUACUAAUGCCACCGGUGGUAUCGCUGGAGCCGUUGGUAAUCUGAUCAACGAUGACAUUAAAUUCAAGGCGGGAUUGGCUCAGGAUGCCCUGAAUGCGGGUUCAGGCAUAUUGGCAGCAAAGGGUGCAUUGGUUGGCAAAUUAGGCGACGCAGCCCAGGGAGCCGUACAAAAGGGAACGGACGCCGCCAUCCAAGGUAUCGGUGGUGUCACUGGCGCUGUGGGCGGUCUCAUCAACAAAGAUAUCCAAUUCAAGACUAAUCUCAUCCAAGGUGGUCUGAAUGCAACGAGUGGUUUGAUUGGCAAUCUGGGAGGUGGUAUUCAAAAGAUGGGUGGCAUGUUUGGAAAGACUGUCGGAGGGUUAACUGGUGGUAUGGGUGCUGGUGGGACUGGAGGUGCAGCUGGUGGUGCUGGUGGUAUCGGUGGUGGAUUUGUCCUGCCCACUAUUGGAUUUGCUUUUAAA